AUGGAGUAUUAUGAGAAAGGUAAACAGCUAUUACUGGAUUUAAUAGAGAAUGGACCCAGGACAAUAUUUGAGAGACUAUUCGGCAAGAACACACACAUUGUAUUUCUGGGCAUUGAUAAUGCAGGCAAAACAACCCUCCUUCUGAGGCUUAAAACUGACACAGUUCAUACAGUAGCACCAACACAGUCAGUCCGUGAGGAAACCCUGCAAAUUGGAAAUAUGAAGGUAACAAUAAAAGACCUAGGAGGACACGAGGCAGCCAGACUAGGAUGGAACACGUACUUCAUGCAGUCUGAAGGAAUAAUAUUCCUAAUUGAUAUCACAGACUUUGACAGAUACGAAAUAGUAGCAAAGACAUACGCACGACUCUUCUACGACAUGGAGAUGUCCGGGAAGAAGUCACUCCCUGUGGCUGUCCUGUUCAACAAGACAGACAUGUGGAAGAAAGUAUGGGCCAUGAGACACCCGCACGAACCAGCUCCAGUCCUGGAUGAAGCCUAUCUAAAUUAUAUGUGUGGCCUACUGGGCAUAACAGUGGGUGAGGGCGAGAAUGGCAGGAGAGUAUCUGCUAGUUAUUGUUGUGUAGUUACAGAUUCCAUUUCCACCCCAAAUAAUGGGUUUAUGCUUGCCUUUAAGUGGCUGGAUAUGAUGAUUAGAGCUGAAAAAUAA